UUCAAAGAAGUUAGGUCUGAGUCUAACUAUGGCUAAGUCAAUGUAUCUGCUGUGGGGGUCCGGAUCCCCUCCCUGCUGGCGCGUUAUGAUCACCCUGGAGGAGAAGAAACUGCAGGGCUACAAACACAAGCAGCUUUCUUUUGAGAAAGGGGAGCAUAAGUCCCAGGAGGUUAUGGAUAUAAACCCCAGAGGGCAGCUUCCUGCCUUCAAAGAUGGAGACAAAAUAAUCAAUGAGUCCACUGGAUUAUGUUUAUACCUGGAGAAUCAGAAUAAGUCUCAGGGCACCAAGCCNCGGCCAUUAGCAGCUGCUCUUGGCCGCUACCAUGGAGCGCCGCCAAAGGUGCUCCAAGGGGUGGCAGAGAGUCAGAGUCAAAUUCGAGUGGCUGGACAUUACUCCAAUGUGAACCACCCGGCUCUGCAGAAUGAUAUGACAGUAUUAAAUGUAUUUGUUCUGCGCAUCAUAGCAGGGAAAUUCUCCUUAGCUGAUGUGAUUGUUUUUCCCAACAUCGCUUAUGCCUUCCAUUACGGGCUGUCUGUAGAACGUUACCCUAAAAUGGCCAAAUACUACAGCCUCCAAAGUGGUUUCAAGUUGAACAACGAUCUGAAACCCAUAAAGAUGUCUGAACACUUAAACACCAUCUCUAGCUUUUCUAAGCUUGCUGCUUUCUUUAUAAUUGCAAACUUAUCUAAGUAUUACUAUCAUUGA